CAUGAAAAAAACCGAAAAACCUCCAACACAAAUUUCAGCAAAAAACCUCAAAGAUUAGCUUCUAAUCAAUGGCUGCUACCUCAGUUUCUGCUUCUGCUUUUCUUGGGAGCUGGGCCACAGGUGAAGACCACUCCUUGCUGCAGGCCAAGGUGGCCGGGCCGCCGCAACUCAGGGUGGCGGUACGGCCGCAGCCAAUGAUGGGGAGUAGUAAAGGCGGCAUCUUUGCUCCGGCCGUCGUCGUCACUAGAAACAUCAUUGGAAAGAAGAGGUUCAACCAGCUUCGAGGCAAGGCCAUCGCUCUUCACUCACAGGUGAUAACAGAAUUUUGCAAAUCGAUAGGAGCUGACAGCAAGCAACGGCAGGGGCUUAUUCGGCUGGCCAAGAAGAACGGGGAGUGGCUUGGUUUUCUUGCUUGAUUCGACUUAUGCUUUCGCUAUGAUAUAGUAGUACAGAAUAUGUAUUCAUACACACUCAAAACACAACUCUUUUCAUGUGACAUGAAUACCUCUGUUUCAUUUGCUCUUUCA